AUGGCUAUCCGUUCAGAGCCGAUCCUGGAUGCCACAGCCACUAGCCAAUGCUACAGCAACAGGCCAUCUUACGCGUCCAACGAGAUCCUGGAGAUCGAGCAAGCAGCGACGCUUGAAAAAGACUCUCAGCUUUCCAUUCUUGUGCGACUCCUGUCGAGCAUCCAACGGUAUCUGUGGCUGAAUGCUGGGGUCGACUAA